GCAUGUGUGUGUGUGUGACAGAUAGAGAGAUACACUGCCAUUAAUUGUAUCAAAGUGCACCUGAAAUGGCAGUAAUCUCUCUGGACUGUGUUACCCACCAACAUACUCUGAUCAUUUUCUUUUAAAUGAGACAAAAUGUGUUAAUGCACAAAGGAGGAAUAAGACUCCCGUUGCAUGUCGGUUCCUCUGCCAGCAGCACUGCUGUUUGCGUCCAUGUGCGUGUGGUCAUGCAUGUGUCGGUCGAUUAGUGAGUGGACAAAGCGUGAUUGAGCGCACAGCUCCAUUGAUCAUUAGCCUCCUGGCUGUCUCUCUGGACCCAGCAUGGAGUCAGCAAAGCAGUUAUCGGGCACACUGGCCGUGGCCGUGUUCACAGCCGCUCUGGGCUCCCUGCAGUACGGCUACAGCCUCGGAGUCAUCAACGCGCCACAGAAGGUGAUUGAAAAGAAUUAUGCCCGCUCCCUGGGUGUCUGGACAGAGGAGUCCGCUGUCUUUUCGCAAAACAGCACAGAAGAAGAAUUGCCCGAGGUGGGUCAACAUCCGACUGUGGUCAUGUACUGGUCGCUGUCCGUGGCGAUCUUCUCCAUUGGCGGCGUGUUGUCGUCCUUUCUGGUGGGCUUUGUUGGAGACCUGAAAGGAAGGGUAAAAGGCAUGUUAAUGGUCAAUGUUCUGGCAGUUGCUGCUGGACUGCUGAUGGGGCUGUGCAGAAUGUGGAAACCUCACAUUAUGGUCAUCUCAGGCCGUGCUGUCAUGGGCUUUUACUGCGGGUUGACAUCAGGACUCGUGCCCAUGUACAUUGGAGAGAUUGCACCCAAGGCUUACCGAGGGGCUCUGGGAACAUUGCACCAGCUGGCUAUUGUCGUUGGCAUCCUAAUCAGCCAGGUGAUAGGCUUGGACUUUGUGCUCGGUAAUGAUGACAUGUGGCCACUGUUACUUGGUCUGUCUGGAGCUCCGGCAGUGUUGCAGUCCAUUCUGCUACCCUUUUGUCCCGAGAGCCCACGUUACCUUUUCAUUAUACUGGGCGAGGAGGAAGAGGCUCGGAUCAGUCUGUGUCGUCUUAAAGGGCAGUACGACGCCACCGCAGAUCUAGAGGAAAUGCGGAGAGAGAAAGAGGAGGCUGACAAGGAGCCCAGGGUGUCUCUCCUUUCUUUGAUCCGCUCCACUGUCUACAGACAGCAGCUCUUCGUUGCCCUCAUGAUGCAUCUCUCGCAACAGUUUUCCGGCAUCAACGGAAUAUUUUACUUCUCUACAGCCAUCUUCACUCAGGCGGGCAUCAGUCAGCCAGUUUAUGCCACUAUAGGAGUCGGGGUCAUCAAUACAAUUUUCACUAUGGUGUCUGUUGCACUAGUGGAUAAGGCGGGCAGACGUUCCCUGACUCUCGUUGGCCUGGGAGGGAUGUGCUGCUGUGCGAUCAUCAUGACAGUGGGCCUCGCUUUCCAGAGUCAGUUCUGGUGGAUGAGCUACGUCAGCAUGUCGGCCAUCUUCCUCUUUGUGGCUUUCUUUGAAAUUGGUCCGGGGCCUAUCCCAUGGUUCAUAGUGGCAGAACUGUUCAGCCAGGGGCCUCGGCCUGCAGCUAUUGCUCUGGCUGGCUGCUGCAACUGGACCAGCAACUUCAUUGUAGGCAUGACCUUCUCUUAUAUACAGGCUUGGCUGGGCUGUUAUGUGUUCAUCGUUUUUGCAGUGCUGCUUCUUGGUUUCACCGUGUUCACUUACCUUCGGGUCCCCGAGACCAAAGGGAAAACGUUUGAGGAGAUCGCCGCCAUCUUCCAGAAGGGACGGAAGGAGCUGGCGGCGAGUCCCAAAGACAUUAGUGAAAUGCAGCAGCUCAAAACAGCCACAGAUGCCUAAUGUGACGGCUGUGUGUGUGUGUGUGUGUGUGUGUGUGUGUGACGGUGUUUUGAUGACUACUUGGUUCACAGAUAUUAUGCCACAGUGUUAUGAGAGCUACAGUACACAAAAUCAACUCUAAGUGUCCGGGGCAAACACACUGCAACGACCCAAAGCACAUGCACGAGGAGAAACGAGCUGCAUAUUCAUAAACACUGCAGAUUCCCAAAACACCAGCAAGUCCCAAAACACCAGCAAGUCCCAAAACACCAGUGAUACUCAGGGACUACUUAAUUGUUACUUUAUUAAAAGACUUUUAUUAAGAGGUUAUCCUCCUAUAACCCUGCCGUUUUUAUGAUCAGUGUUUCAAUUCGGCAGUAGAAGUAUGCUUUUAUUCCAUCUCAAAGUUGAUAAUAAUUUCGUAUUGGGGGGGCGAAUCUGACUUUUAAUUUGAAUUUUUUUCAAACAUUGUACAGUACAACUGGUUUACAAUAUACUAUCAGAUAUCAAUGUAUACAGUACAGAUGCUUAUGUCCGAUUAAUAGGUCUCUGACACAGCUGCGAGGAGGUGUGCUUUCAAACGUGUAGAUACGGUGAUCUGAGUGUUUUAUUUUUAAAACAUGUACGUCGAUGUCCUUAAAAAUCAGCUUGGCUGCAGGCUUUUUACCGUAAAUCCCUUAGUGAUUCAGGCGUUAAAAUUCCACGUCGGAUAGCUUGAUUGCAGUCAGAUAACCUCUUAGUAAAGGUCUUUUAAUUGUAAAGUAAGAAUUAAGUAGUCCCCGAGCAUCGUAACGGCUAGUCGUAUAGCUGCACGAAAACAAGUGCUCCCACAGACCCAAGCUCUUCCGUUUUUAGUACGCCUCCGUUGUUUCUGUUGGCCAAGAGGGACAAACGCAAAUGUUUUGGGACUUGCCGGUGUUUUGGGAAUCCGCAGCGUUUGUGAAUAUGCAGCUCCUUUCUCCUCCUGCAUGUGUUUUGGGUAGUUGCAGUGCGUUUGCCCCUGUCGGCCACUGUAGUUGCUGGCUUUUAUAUAGAAAGGCGUCUCUCCUUUGUUAUUUUAAUUUUAAGAGUUAACAUACUCUUGAUUUACUUUCGCCAGUCUCUUGAAUAGCACAUAUAGCCCAAGCAGGCUUAUUCAUAAGCUCUAGAAACCGAACAUACACUAAUAUAUGCUAAUGCCAUCAUGAUGCCUGUAUCAUCACUAAUUAGUUUCAGUUCAAUUCCCCUGCAAGGGUGACUUCUUGGACCACUGCAAGUAUAAAUGCAAAUGAAACUGCACUUAAAAAACGAAGCAGCCACUUGGGGCCCCUUGAUCAUCAGCCUACCACAUUAUAGAAAUCUAGAUAUAUUAAGAUAUCUAAAUAGUGUUUUAACCCUUACAACACAGAGAAUUGUGGCUGCUUUUUUCCAUGACUAUGUUAAAAUGUACAGUUUAUACAGAGGGUUGAAGAACGUGCAACAUAGAGUGUUUUAUAUCCUUUUUUUCAGCACAACCUAUAGGCAAUCUUUUUUCACCAACUAUGUAAACACACCUGAGCAAAAAGCACUCAAAAUCGGAUUGAAUUUAUAAAAUUUUAAAAUACGAAUAAGUGAAUAAGUUCACUUGGCUGGUGGAGAAAAACACUUAUUAUCACUUAUGGAAUGUUCCAUACCCCUUAUGAAAAUGUUUUGGUCCUGCAUUUUUUCUUAUGUGUUUACACCAAUAACAUUUCUUUUUUACUCAAUGACAAAAAGGUUUUUCAGCUGAUCAUGACAAUCCUGCAAAACGGAGGUCAAACAAGGCCGCAGGGAAAGGUCGUCAUCGCUAUAGCAUUUUAAUUCAAACAUUUUCUUAGUGGUUUGUCGUUUUUCAUUGUUGUUUUUCUGUAUACUUAUUGAUGCAAUAAACCUGACAGUGAACAUA